AGGGGCGUGCACGCGGGCGCGGCUGCGUGAGAGACGCGCGCGGCGGCGCGGGAAGCAGUCUCUUCCCCACGACCAUGGCGUCGCUCAGAUGUAGCACCGUCGUCUGCGUGAUCUGCUUGGAGAAGCCCAAAUACCGCUGUCCGGCCUGCCGCGUGCCCUACUGCUCUGUAGCCUGCUUCCGGAAGCACAAAGGGGAAUCUGCAACAUUAAGAAGCUUAUUGCUCAAUCCACACCUCAGGCAGUUGAUGGUCAACCUCGAUCAGGGGGAAGACAAAGCAAAGCUCAUGAGAGCCUACAUGCAAGAGCCCUUGUUUGUGGAGUUUGCAGACUGUUGUUUAGGAAUUGUGGAGCCAUCCCAGAAUGAGGAUUCUUAAGAUGGAUUAUUGUGCUGCUUGCUCAAACGUGUGCUUGACUCCCAGAACCUGCCUGCUCCCUCUCCCAGGAGACCAGCUAGUGUGGGGGGCCCCAGACAGAAGAGGUUUCCAGGAUGCAGACUAGGUUAUACAGGCCUUUACCGGCAUUGAUGUGGCUCAUGUUUCAGGCAGACGUGGGGCCCUUAAGGUGGCAAGUCCUUUAUGGAGAAAAAACUUGACAUUCAGAUGGUUGUUUUUAAAUGUUUUACUUUUGGUACAGUUGAUAGACAUCAUAAAUGAUACCAAGCUUUACACUUCAUAUGGAGUUAAACUUGGUCAGUGUUACUAAAUAAAAUCAGGAUGUGAUUCUACUGUACAUUGCAUUAUUCAUAAUCGUUUGAAAUUACAUUAAAUAAAUCAACUUAUUAAAUACUAAA